CCGGAAGUAGUUUGCGUGUCAGAGGUUGAGCACAUUGUUUCUCCGCGGUACAAAUCUGCUUCUCAUAGUAAUGAAUGAAGUUCUAUCCGAAUAAUAUAUCUAACGCAUACUUAACGCAUACAUUACCGCAGAGAUAUCCGCAGUGACAGCGACGUUAUUCCGUGGACAGUAUAAUACAAGAACUUCACCUUAUUCGAGAUCGUAGACCAGGACAGAGAUGGCUGGGAUUCUGUUUGAGGAUAUCUUUGAUGUAAAGGACAUCGAUCCUGAUGGCAAAAAGUUUGACAGAGUAUCUCGUCUACACUGUGAAAGUGAAUCUUUUAAGAUGGACCUCAUCCUGGAUGUGAACAUUCAGAUCUAUCCUGUUGAUCUCGGUGACAAGUUCAGGCUGGUUAUUGCCAGCACGUUAUAUGAAGAUGGAACGCCAGAUGACGGAGAGUACAAUCCUCAGGAUGACCGGCCUUCUAGAGCGGACCAGUUUGAUUACGUGAUGUAUGGGAAGGUUUACAAGAUUGAAGGCGAUGAGACUUCAACAGAAGCAGCCACACGCCUCUCUGCCUAUGUGUCUUACGGCGGCCUCCUAAUGAGGCUCCAGGGAGACGCCAAUAACCUUCACGGCUUUGAGGUGGACUCCAGGGUCUACCUCCUCAUGAAGAAACUGGCCUUCUAAACCCCGUCUGCACACCCACUGACCCUGGUUCUUCCACUGCCAGUCAACCUAACGUCAUAAUGAACUGCAUACUGAAAACAAUGAAAUUCACAAGUCUGCAGCACAUGACCGUCAUCCAAGAACAGCUCACAGACUGAACACAUGGAGGCUAAAGAAAACAUUUAGUUUUUUACUUUUGUAGUUCCAAAAUGUUUCCUCUGUGGAGGUGGACUACAGGUUAAAGACUGUGGCCCUUAAGAACUGCUGCAUGCUCCAACUGCUGGCAAACUGUAAAUAAAGAUUUCUUUUAUACAAAA